GAAAUAUCGGCUGGUUGCGGCAGCACCGCCGCCGGUCAAAGUGGUAACUGGGGAUCUGAGCUUGGCGGUGACGCGCGGCCAUCACGUGACCAGAGCCUGUGUCUGCCCAAGUCCCUCUCGUCGUGGUCCUUUUUCCCUGUCCAGACACCAUCUUCCUAUUGCCCUUUGGUCGAGGGGAAAAACAGAAGGAAGUAAGUCCCCUCCGCCCUCUUAAAUCGGUCUCCGCAGGUCACAGCGGGGCACCUGGAGGAGAGGAUGCCUAGGAGCCAGCCGCCGGGAGAGGUCCAGGUCGGGACCAUCCUGAACAUGGAAAAAGCCUGCCAAGAGCCUGAGGAGCAGCCACAGAGCUCGCCCAAGGCGGAGGAGGAGCGGCCUCCUGUGGAACACUCUCCCGAAAAGUCGUCUCCGGAGGAGCCGUCUUCGGAGGAGCAAUCCUCGGAGGAGGAGUUCUUUCCUGAGGAACUCCUUCCUGAGCUCCUUCCUGAGAUGCUCGUGUCCGAGGAGCGCCCUCCUCAGGAACGCCUGUCUAGGAAGGACCUUUUUGAGGAGCGCCCUCCCAUGGAGCAGCCUCCUUGCGGAGUGGGCAAACAUAAGCUAGAAGAGGGAAGCUUUAAAGAGAGGCUGGCUCGCUCCCGCCCGCAAUUUAGAGGGGACAUACACGGCAGAAAUUUAAGCAAUGAGGAGAUGAUAAAGGUAGCAGAGGAGAUGGAAGAGAUGAAGCGAGUACGAAACAAAUUGAUGAUCAUGCAUUGGAAGGCAAGGCGGAACCGUCCUUAUCCUAUUUAAUGUGUUCGGCCUUUAAUUCUGUUUUGCCUGGUAUGAGUAUUAUCACCUGACCUUUGUUUGCUUUUUCACAUAUACCUUACCCCGUCUUCCUAAUCUUAACUUUGCAUGGCUUUAUUUGAGGUGUUUCGCUUGUAACUGGCAUAAAAUUGCCCCCCCAUCUGCAAGUCCCCCUCUUUCAAUCAUAAGUCUUCUCCAUUUGCAUGGAAAAGAUGUACAUUAUAUAUUAUGAAGUAAAAAAAGCAAUUUUCAGAAAGUGUAUGUAGUAUCCCCUUUUUGUAAAAAAGUAUAUUUAUAUAUUAAUAUGAAAUGAAAAAACUGAAAGUAUAUACUUCAAAGGCUUAACAGUGGCUAUCUGUGGUAAGAUAACAGGUGACUUGUUUGUUUUUCAUUUUUGCUGCAUCUGAAUUUCUCAUUUUUUCAAGAUGAACACAUUUUACAUGUGUUGCCAAAAAAACCCAAUAUAAUAGAAAAAUUGUAAAGCAAUUUAAAAAUAAUGUCAAUCAGCUUAUAAAGAUAAUGUGGCACUUAAUAAAUACUUGACAGAACUUAAA